AUGGCUGAACGCAUCCUCAUGAACGAGUUUCGCACCCUUUCCAAGGAGAAAUGGGUCAAUAUCGAGCUACACCACGAAAAUAUCUUCAAGUGGGAUGUCGCACUGAUCGUACUGAACCAAGACUCUCUGUACCAUGGCGGCUAUCUCAAGGCCUCGAUGACCUUCCCACAGAACUACCCAUACUCCCCUCCAGUACCGCUCUACCACCCAAACAUAUACGCGGACGGGCGGCUCUGCAUUUCCAUCCUGCAUCCCCCAGGCGAAGACGAAAUGUCCGGUGAACUGGCCGCUGAGCGCUGUCUCCUCCCCGCGAAUGUCGACGCUGCAGUCAUGCUGCGCAAGAACCCGACCAAGUACCACGCUACCGUCAAGGCCAACGUAGACGGAUCCCGAAAGCUGGCCCCUCCCGGUUUCACGAUGCCCGUGGAAGAAGCCCCAUCGCGUGACGUGGAAAAGGACGACGACGAUUUCUGGAUGGAUAGCGAUGUUGACAGCGAUCCUUUCGGCGGCAGUGACUCGGACGAGGAUAUGGAUCAAAUAAGUGCCAGUGAAGACGAUGAUGACGACGAUGAUGAUGACAGCGAAGAUGCGGCCGAAAGUCACCAGCGGUGA